CAGAACCAGCAGCAGGAGGAGCAGCAGCAGCAAUUGCACCCUCCCAUACCGCCUGUCGAAGACCACUGGCUGCCCGAGAUGCUCAAGGACAAGUCUGUCAACGACCUUCAAGACAUCCUCAACAGUCAGAGCUUCCAAGCUGCCCUCUUGAGUAGUCCCCAUACAACGCAUCCAUCCAUCCCUCUCGCCGAACAACACCUCCCUCCCUUGCUCCAAGCCAAUCUCGCCGCCGCCUCGAAGCUGUUGGACACCGAAUCCCGCCUCUCCGACUUACGCGAGCGCACGCAAUCCCGUCUUCUAGCUCUCCGUGCAAUGGAACAACAGCAUCGCAGCAAGAUCUCAGAAACGGAAGCUGCGUUGAGGGACUUUAGUCCUCAGGCGCUAUAUCAGCGAUUGAAUGCCAGUGUGCAAGAACAAGAGCUGUUGUUAAGGGGCUUGGAGGAGAGUUGGCUCGAAGAGGAUGGUGUGGCUAGUGAGCGGGAAGUGACCGAGUUUGUCAAGAGGACGAAAGAUGCGAGGAAAGUGGCCUUCUUGAGGAGGGAGAGGAAGUCGAGGUGGGAUGAUGGACGGGUUGGCGGGUGGAGGUGAUACCAUUCCUGACUGCGAUCGAUCCAUCUAUUUUUUUUCCAGCUGGACCUUCGCUAUCUGUGCGUAGUAACAGCGCGGCUAGCACAUCCUCUCAGGUUGACAGAACCUGCCCUCUACCACCUUGGCCAGGCGUGUAUAAGGAUGGCCCUCCUUGAUGUAUCUGAGAUCUUUCGCGACAGGACUACCUGAAGUGCUUCCUCAUUUGUCUGAAUCAUCAGAAAGACAUGCUCGAAUCGCCAUCACCUCUGUCACUUCAGACAGAUGCGUGAACUGGACCUUCUGGGAGAAAAUCGCAAUCUCGCUUUCUCAUCCGAUCCCUACGUUCAAGGCUCGCCUGCUCGAGCAAGCUUGAAUUUUAUGCUCUAAGCGAACGCAACAUCGAGACGGCUUGGAGUAUCUGUCGCGCCGUCUCAGCUCGAAAGUGAUGGUUGCAGCGUGAUACCAUACGAUAAUAAAGCGUUAGCCUAUGCUUCGCAUAUAAUACUGGUCAUUGGUUGCUUGUGUGACAGCCUGGCAUUGAUGCCGCCGGACACAAGGCUGCAACAUCAAUAUCUUCAACAUAAACAGCAAGCUAGCUACCUUUUCACAGUAUUACGAUCUGGCUACUCUCCUCUGCGGCGCCAUCCGACUCAGAUACACACAAGGCAGUACCCAGCAUAGUCUUCGCCGCAGUUUAUGGACCCUCUUUGGGCUAUCUCAUCGUCGCUAGUCCUGUUCGUUCCGAACCAUUUUCAUAGCUGGUCAACGGAUGGACAGCCUGACGGACCGACUCAUGGAUAGCACAGUAUACCAAUAUCGACCCUUCGUAACCACGCCGUCAGUAAUAUGACGCAGCAAGCAGACAUACAUGAUCCAUGGACGAGAGCUGAAGGGUUCGUGGUGCCGUGGUGGUCUUGCAUGCCACGGUCCCAAUUCGGCCCACUAAUCGGCCCCACACGAGAAGAAAAAAAAAGCAAGCAACAAGUCUCUAUUCAGCUCCCGGUUCAGCUAGCUUGCUAGUUUACCAAACUAUCAUAU